AUGCCAGGAAAGCAGUCGCAGCCUUCAGUGCCGAAGAUGGCUCUGUCCUCCGCCCUGUCAGCACCAUGGGGCUUUCUUCGACCCACCGACGAUCUGCAUACCACUGUCGUGGACUCCGCAAAACACAUCCUAGACUCCCUCGCUGGUUCCGUCGUGGAUGCUCAAACCACUCGUCGCCAAAUCAACAAGAAGCGCAAAAGAUCAGACCUGGAAUCCGAUCAAAUUACUCAGCUGCAACUCAAGAAUCUCUAUGUGGACGGCUUCACCUCGAAUCAAAUAUGGGAACAGGCCAUUCGGAUUCUCGAGACUACGGGCGAAGAGGUUGAGCGGGAUAUCGCUUUGAUCGCCCAGCACAGUGGCUACUUGGACCAGGACGCCUCUGAGCUGGACGACGCUUCAGACCCCGAGCUUGCGCAGUCCGACAGUGACAGCCAGGAGGGCAUUGAUGAACUCUCCGAGGGUUCGGGCGCGGAAGAUGACGCCGAGGAAGAAGAUGACGUACAGUCUGAUAUGGAGGGCGAGUCUUUGGAGGGUAAAGAAGAUUUGGAAGACGAGGACAUGGAGGAUUGGGACGACGAGAGAUCCAUCGCCUCAAGCGAAGAAGAAGCGUCCGAAACCUUUAUCGAGGAUAAAUUUGGCCUGAAUGACGGGUUCUUCUCCAUCGACGAUUUCAACAAGCAAUCUGAAGCGCUCGAAAGACAAGACAUCAAGGGUGGACCCGAGGAAGGGGAGGACAGCGAUGAAGAAGAUCUGGACUGGCACGCAAACCCAUUGGUGGCUGGAAAUACUGCUCCUGUCAACGACCGCAAGACACCGAGGAACGACGCAACGGAGGGAGACGAAGAGAUGGAUGACAGUGAGGAGGAGGGACCAACCUUCGGUAAUGUCGAUCUCAACGCCGACUCUGACUCCGACAAUGAAGAUGCCGAUGAUCUUGCCGAGGAGGCUGCGGGCUGGGUCAACACAAGUGAUAUCAAAUACGCCGAUUUCUUCGCACCUCCACCCCGCAAGGCCUCAAACAAAAAGGCGCGGGCACUGCCAAAAACUCAACCCGAGGCAGCACCGGUCAACGAUGCUGAUGUUAAUCGUGCUAUGGAUGACGUUCGACGAGACUUGUUCGACGACGAAGAUGACUCGGCCGGAGAAGAGGGUGACGAUAUGGACGAGUCAGGAGAUAAUGCUCCAAAAUCUUCACACGAGAAGCAAAGGGCCCGCAUCGCCGAUGAAAUUCGUCGACUGGAGGCGGCUAAUGUCGCGAAGAAAGAGUGGAUGGUUGCUGGUGAAGCCAAAGCUGUCGAGAGACCCGUGAACUCUCUCAUCGAGGAAGACCUUGACUUUGAACGGAUCGGAAAGCCCGUCCCCGUUGUCACCAAUGAAACUAGCGAGGGCAUCGAGGAAUUGGUCAAGCGCCGCAUUCUUGCCAUGGAAUUUGACGAAGUCGUCCGCCGUCGACCAGGUGCUGAGACUCAACAAGCCGGAAGAAAGCCUCGAUUCGAACUGGAUGAUACGAAGGCCCAGCAAGGCCUGGCCGAAAUUUACGAGACAGAGCACCUUAAGGCCAAUGACCCCAACUUUGUCGAUACCAAGGACCGCAAAUUAAUGCGUGAGCACGCCGAAAUCACCAGCCUGUGGAACGACGUCAGUGCCCAAUUGGAUACGCUAUGCAACUGGCACUACAAGCCAAAGAUCGCCCAAGCCAGCAUCAACGUUGUCACUGAUGCGCCGACCAUCAUGAUGGAGGAGGCACGCCCCACCGCUGGCGGCGCUGCCGGUGGGCCUGUGGGACUUGCUCCACAGGAGGUCUACGCCCCCGGUGAUGAUGGGAAGGUUGGCGGAGAAGUGGUCCUCAAGAACGGUGCAUCCGUCUCGAAAGAGGAGAUGUCUCGCGAAGAGAAGGCCAAGAACCGACGCCAGAACAAGAAGACUCAGAAGAAGGCCAACGCCGACUCAUCUCAGCAAAAGCCCAGCAAGGCCGCCGAGAAGCAGCAGAUGAUGUCCGAUUUGAAGAAGGGAGGCGUCAAGGUCAUCGACAAGGAGGGUCGUGUCACUAAUAUCAAUGGUGAUGCCGUUAAAGCGAGUGGUCAAAACCGAGGAGACAAUCUGAAGCUGUGA